AUAACGUUAUACCCAUAACAAAUACUGAACUUUUUAGUUUAUUUAAUUGAUUCAAGACAAAAAGACGCGUAUAAUUCUUAAAAUGGCAACAAAGGAAGCUUUAAAAUUUGGAAUUGUCAUAGGCUGCUUAAAUUGCAUAUAUUUCCUAAUAGCCGUGGCCAUAGCAGGCAAAGAAUUGGUGGAUAUAUCUCUCAUGCCUGUUAAACCAGAUUUCUUUUAUCUGGUGGUGAUUAUUUUCAGCUAUAGUGUAAUUAUGGUCAUUGUAUCGGCUCUGCUCGCAUGGGGGGCCUUAAGGAAAAAUCCCCGUCUCAUUGCACCCUGGGUAAUUCUCAGUGCUUUGGCUAUGAUCGUUAGUUCGGUGUAUUUAAUGUUCAUAGGCCACACCAUACAACUCUGGGAAUUAUUUUCCUGUGUAACAUUUAUUGCUUCCCAGUGUGUUAGUUGGUAUUCCAUUUAUAGUUUAUGGCGAAAUAUGAUCGAUAAUAGGGCUAAUAAUGCCCACAGCUGUACUGAAUGAUUAAAAGUCAUUGCAAAAUA